UAGAUUGAUGAUGAUGAUGGUGGUGGUGGUAAAGCACUGAACAACAAUUAUUUCAAAAGUAAAUCAUACGUCCCUUUCUUCUCCCACCAUUCUCUCAUCAAAUCGAAGCCCAAAGCUCUCUCUCUCUCUCUCUCUCUCUCUCUCUCUCAGCAGAGCGUUAGGAAAAUGCAAGAUCCACGCGAUGAGCUGAUUCCCCCUCCAUCUUCCCCCACCAUCUCUUCCCUGUCUUCCUCCGAUCUCGAUACAGAGUCCACAGGAUCCUUCUUCCAUGACAGAAGCAUUACACUUGGAACACUCAUGGGCGUGAGUUUCACCGCCAUCGCCUUCCAGCGCCACGUCUCUCCCGCCGUUUCCGUCUCACGCGCCGCCACCCGCCGCCCCAACAAACGCCCCUCCUCUGCCGCCUCCGAACGCCACCGCGGCCGCAAGUGGUGGCGCCUAUGCAGAGACAACGACGACGACGACGGAGGCCGUCGUCCCUCGUCGCUCGGAGAGUUCCUCGAGGUGGAGAGGAGGUACGGAGAUGGUGUAUUCUACGGCGGUGCAGAGUCGCGCUGCCGGGAACCAUCGGCGGCGGCGAGGGGUGGACGGGAGCUAUUCGCCGAUGGCAGGGUUCUUCCUCCGGCGGUGGACACCGGAGAAGAGACGCCGGAGGCUUCGGGUAUCUGUAGAUUUUCGGUUUCACUGACCAGUAUCUGUAGCGGCGGCGGAUGAAUUCCCCGGCAGUUCAUUUCAUUUGAUAUUUUUGUUGUAAUAUAUUUCAAUAUUUAAUUUAACCAAUUAAUUUCAAAAUGGAGAUUAUAGCUUUUCCCUUU